UAGGUGUUGUUUUGCGGUUGAGUCUGGAGGCACCGGUAGGCGGCGGUGUGCGCGUUCACUGCCCGAGCCGCAGUGAGCAGAAGAAGAAGAGUUCUUGAGCUGACUGCAGCCGCGCGCAGUGUGCAGAUCAUGCGAGGAAGAGCAGGGGGACUCGGCGGGUUUGCUCAGAUAACGGACGGUUUGUACAUCGGCAACGGCAAAACAGCAAACGACUCUUCGGUCAUAAGCUCUCUCAACAUUACAUGCAUUAUUAAUGCAACUCAGGACAUAAACUCAAACAUUCCCACUAUUGAUUACAUGCACGUGUCUGUGUCUGAUGAUCCUGAAUCCAGACUCACUGAUCAUUUCGACGCUGUUGCUGAUAAGAUACAUCAGGUCACUGAAGGACAUGGACGCGUCCUGGUUCACUGUAACGCAGGCGUCAGUCGCUCCGCCACGCUGUGUCUGGCAUACCUGAUGAAACACCGCCGUAUGACGCUCGCGGAGGCGCACGCGUUGCUCAAAGCUCAGAGACCCAUAGUCAGACCGAACAGCGGCUUCUGGAGUCAGCUGAUAGAGUAUGAGCAGAAAUUACAUGGGAAAAAUACAGUCGGUAUGAUAAACUCUCCUGUUGGACACAUUCCAGAUUUAUAUGAGAGAGAAACAAGGGGCUUGAUUCCACUUUAGGAAAUGAAAUGUUUGUGUUUCUUGUUAUUUCAUUCAUAUUUGAUUUUGAACAAGUUGUGUUGUUCUUUAUGAUGAAGUGUUUGUGAUGUUAUGCAAUAAACAACCAGAAGAUGGCAGAAGAAUUCUUAGUUUGGCAAAACAGAUUGAAGUACAGUGACUCCACAAAAUAUUUGUAUACUUAGAGAACAAAAUAUUAAACCUAGUAGCAUUUAUUUUAAAGUCACCAUGAAAUUGACCAUUUUUAUUUUUUAUGGUAUGUUGCAGUAUUUAUUAUAAAUGAUUUAUCCGUGCACGUUUUCUUUUCGUUUUUAUUCAUGUCCCUUGUAAUCUUGAAUCACCCUCCCUUUUUCAGUGACAUCUCUUCUCUGAUGAGAGGGCGGGGCAACCUGUCACUCAAAUUAGAUCCACCAAUAGCAAACCACAACCGUCCAAUCAAUUCCCCAUUGACAAAAUCAAGCCCCGAUUGAGAAUCUGGUUCACUCGGACUUACGUCACAAUAGCAAAGAAAAGACUAUCCCAACUUCUGUUUAAUGCCGACAUGGUUACACAUCUGUGUGAACUGACUUCAUUCAUCCACUAAAAAUCAUCUUGGACCAGAUUAUCAAAAUCAAAGCAAAAAUGGCUCAGAAUGAAGUUAGUUCAGAGAGUUAUUUGUUUGCAGAUGCCAUCUGGUUUAGUAUAUUUGUUGGCCGGUGCAAUGACAUUCAGACAUUGCAAUGUGGAUUAAGUUAAAAAAACUGUGGUUUACCAAGAAUAUUUUUGUACCAACAAUAUCCCUCAACAAUAAAGUUCUCUUGGAAGUCCUGAAAGGCAAAUUCCUCCCAUGAAAAAAUAAACAAUAAAAAAUGUGGCCUGUCUACUUCAAGUAUAA